UAUUAAAAUAUAUAUUAUUUCAUUGCCAGUGAUUUCUAUAUCAAUCGGACAAAAGACAGAUCGAUAUUAUUAAUCUGGUUGUGUCAAUUAUUUAAAAGAAAAAUUUGUAGUGAAGUGUAUACAUCAUGAAGGAUAUAUUAAUAAUUUGGAAUAGACUGAUUGAGCGGAGACGUUCUACAGUGAAUAAUAAUAAUUUUACUACUAACGGUACAAAUGAACAUGAUGAGCUAACGAUAUCGCGAAAUACAAGAAACCGGAGAAAGUCUUCGGUUUUAAUGAAUCAGUUUUUCAAUCCAACGACGACCUUACCGAUACAACAUAAUGAUAGACAAAAGCGAUUACGAAGUAUUUUUAUACUAAUGGCUUUAGGAUUAAUUGGACUCACAACAGGCUGCUUUAUUCUCGUUUGUCGACCUUACGAUUUACUAUUCCAAUUUAAAGUCAUUUUUAGCGAGGGUGGUGAGAUAUUUGAAUUUUGGAGAAAACCUGACGUUGACAUUUUUUUGAAAGUCUACCUCUUCAAUAUCACUAAUCAUGACGAAUUUUUAUCUGGGAAGGAUAGCAAGCUCAAUUUCCAAGAAGUUGGACCUUACGUGUACAAAGAAAAAAUGGAGCACGGAAACGUCAAGUUUAACAACAAUGACACUAUAUCCGUUACACCGCUUCAUCCUUUAGUAUAUGUACCGGAAAUGAGUAAUGGCACCGAACAAGAUAUUCUCAUCUUACCAAAUAUCGCUCUUCUAAGCAUAACCAAUGUGAUGAGAGAAACAUCGUAUUUUACAAGAUGGGGCUUAAAUUUGUUGAUAAUUCAAACAGAUACGAAACCUUUGGUUCCAAUGACUGCUCGAGAAUUCAUGUUCGGUUACGAAUCCACUCUGGUUACUCUGGGAAAUAAAUUCAUGCCAGCUUGGAUCAAAUUUGAUAAACUUGGUCUCAUCGAUAGAAUGUAUGACUUCGAUGGUGAUUAUGAGACCAUUUACACCGGGGAAAAUAAUGUAAAGAUGACUGGUUUAAUCGACAAAUACAAUGGAAAUGUCGAUCUUCCCUAUUGGAAAGGGAAAUGUGCGAAUAUUCAUGGUGCCAGUGAUGGAACUAAAUUUCCAACUUAUAUUCAACCUAACGAUACUCUUCUUUUCUUUCGAAAAAGUCUUUGUCGUAGUGCUCAUAUGACGCGGACUGGUGAAAAAGUUGUAAAAGGCUUAUAUGCUUAUAAAUAUAAUUUCAUGGAGAACGAUAUGGACAACGGUGCUUAUAACGAAGACAACAAGUGUUUCUGCCGAGAAGGACGUUGUUUACCACCAGGUUUGAUAGACGUAACCGCUUGUUAUUACGGCUUCCCGAUAGCAUUGUCCUUUCCACAUUUCUACAAAUCUCAUCCAUCUCUACUCGAAGCGGUAAACGGUUUGCAACCAAAUCCAAAAAAACACGAAUCUUAUUUUUAUAUACAACCAGAAUCAGGCUUACCGGUUGAUUUGGCUUUCCGUUUUCAAAUUAAUAUGGCGUUUCAAGAAAUCGGACACAUGGCCAGAGUAGAAAAAUUUUCUAACUUUGUUCUUCCUCUUCUUUGGUUCGAAAUAGGAAUGUACGAAUUACCAUCAAACAGAAACGCAUUAUUUUAUAUAUAUUUAAAUGUUUUACCAGUGUUGCAAGAAGUCGUUAUAUAUCUCCUGUUUAUUUUUGGUACUAUUUUUCUUAUUUGGAGCGUCGUUAAAAUACUUCUUUAUCGUCCAAAAGAAUCAACGAUUAAUGGUGAAUGGUUCGAAGAAGAAAUGCAAAGAAAAAGAUUACAAUUUUUAAAUGACAGAUCUUCCUUCACAAAAACGAAAGAAGCAGAAAGUUAUUACAAUACUCUGCUUAAUAAUUCAGAAAACAAAACAGCAUCCAAUAUAUGAAAUGAGUUAUCAAUAACGAAAAAAAAUAAUCGUUUGAUCAUAAACGCAUAAAGAUCGAUUAGAGAUAUAGAAAGAGGCUAUCAUUAUCAAGGAUUACACUUAUACACAUAUAUAUAAAAUAAUAAUAAAUAUCUAAUCAAAAAUCUAAUAUCCUUUCGUAACGAAAUGAAUAUCGGAAAGGAAAAAAUAUGUACAACAAUAAAGGUUCAAGAAUUCAAUAAUGUUAAAUAUAAGAGUUUCUGAUCUGUCUAUUUUUUUAAAUAAAUUAUGAAGAAAAAAUAGAAAAAAUCCUAGUGAAUCAAUUGAAUUUGAUAUUCUUAUAAAUUUUAAUACGAAUUGUUUAGUUUAACUAAUUAUGAUUAAAUAAUUUUUAAUAACUUUCAAUUAGUAUAUCAAUGAAUGAUAAAUAGUAAUUGAACUGACUUUUAUCAAGAAUAUCAUUAUAUUCCUACUUUGAAUUAAAUACGUAUUGUAAGCAUAUUAUUAGAUAUACAUCUUUGCAUUUCGUAUACAAAAUGAUAUUGCGAUUAAUUUUUAAAGAAGUAAAUUUGUAAAUAUGUAAAUAACAUUGUAGAAAAAGUAAGACGACUUUUGCGUAACAAAAUUAAUAAUUGUUGAUGUACUUAUUGCGUAAUAGAUAAAACAUGACAUUUUGACAUAUGUAGGUAUGUGCGUAUACGUAUGUUUCUUGAAGUGUUAUUAUUUUUAAAAAGUAGAAAGAAUUGAUAUUUGGUAAGAAAUCAAUAAUUAUAAUGAACAACAAUUAAGGAAGGUAUUUUAGUGUUUUGUCGAAAAACUUUAUUAUUUUGUUUAUAUUAUUAUAUAGAGUUUAGAGUCUUAAAAAUAAAAAACAUAGAAACAUUAAACGCGUUGUUUUUUCAGGCAGCAUUUUUCUAAGAAACUACUUCGAUCGACUUGCAAUUUUGCAGACAUAUAAAGUACAUAUCAAGCUAUCGUUGGACUUGCUAUUUUUUUAAUUUUUUUAAUAAUAAUUUUUUUCUGGACCAUGAGAAGUGAAAAUUUUUUAGUAAAAAUCGAAUUUCCCUAUAUUAAGAGCUGUCAUUUUGUCAAUCUUUUUUUUUUUAAUUCCCCCCGUCCAACGAUAUGAGUAAAACGUUAUAAAUAUAAAACAAAAAGAAGUAUGUUCGUUUAGGAUGCCCAGGAUAAUCGCAAUCAAUACACCCAAUGAUAAACACUUUUUGUUACAUGACCUGCGCAACAUCCUGUAAUAUGUACAAUUUGCAAUGAAAUGUUUUGAAAAAAUUUGAGAUUUACUUCAAACGUGUAUUAAUAUAACUGCAAAAAAACAACA